AUUUAGUUUUACAUUGCAGGACAUCUAUUUGAACGAGUAUGGAUCGCCAAUGGCGGUUGCGGUACCGUAUUUACAACUCCAACCAAAAGUGUAUGGCACACCAGUACGAGCACCGUCCCGUCCGCCUGGUCUAGAUGAGAAAUCUAAUCACCGAUCUUCUUGUCAUCACUACAUUGACCUUGAUGUACUGUCUGAAGAAGGAGCCGUGGCUGACCACGAUGCUAUUUCUGAGCACAUCCCUGAAAUAGAAGAAGAGGACCCGUACGAGCCUCUUAGUGCAAUACAGAAAAAUGCAGAGAGGGAGAGAUGUGAGAAUCUACUGAGAGGGGAGGGGCUAGUGGAUGACAGCCAAUCACAGGAGGAUGAGUCUAGCACCGACUACACCAUUCUCAGAGCACCAUCAGCCCUAGGCAUAUUCCCGUCUAACUUCGGGCGGCUUCGUCAGGUUAUGACAGAUACCACAUCAUACUACCAAGUACCAAAGAACAGUGCUGAUGAUGAUAUUUACAUUGUUGAGGACCAUGAGGAGUACGCUGGGCAUCGUUUCGAAGACGAAGAGUUGGACACACCGGGCACGGCAGGAAACUUCCAGGGAAGAAAGACUCUCGGAAGUCGUUGUUCUGACUCGCUUCCUCGCGAUGCACCGCCUCCUAUUCCAAACCGCUCGUCACUUCGUCAUAAAACACUCGACCGAACCGAGUCGACCCCAACACAUGCGAGAGGACUUCCACAGAACACCACUCAUACUCUAGGUCCUUCAAUGAAGAUUGGGUCGACACCCCCUGCUGCUUCGGCAGCCCCUGGUCUUUCAUAUCGGAAAUCGUUAGCCGGACACAAGUUAUUUGCUGACAACAAGAUGUCUUCGAUGUUACUUGAAAUGCGCGCUCGACAAAGUAAGGUGAUCGAAGCUGCUCGGGAUGAGUCGGAAACCGUCGCAGCGAUUCCCGAAGUGCAGCCGAUCGAUGACAUACCCCCACCACUUCCUCCUCCUCGAGAAACAAUUGAUGAAUGUUAUGAUGACGUCGUAUUACCACCACCACCACCACCACUCCCCGCAGGGUCACCGCCGCUACCAUCGCUAUCUCGCGAAGACGAUCUGUCGAAUUACGCCAGAUUCCCCGUCGCUGACUUUCCUCCGCCUCUCCCAGAGAGGUCGCCCUCACUCGCUUCCUUGUCGUCGCUGGCAUCGAUGACAUCGGCUUCGGCAGCUUCUCUGGACUCCGCCACCUCAAUGAAGUCGGCGGCAUCAAUAACAUCUAUUGAUAGUGUUACCAGUUUAUCGUCGACUGUAUCAGCGCCAGAAAACCACUGUUUCCAGGACAGUCUUAAAACGUUGAAACCGAAUAUGAACGGCAAUUUCUUUCCAACAUUACCUUACAAACGUCCGGCAACACGGGUAGGGAGUAGUACGUUAGGACGUUCUCAAUCGUGCUCUCCACACACUCUUCGGAACCACGCGGCUGCCAAUCGAGAAUUACCACCACUUCCGAUUCCCGAGCAGCGAUCCGAAGUGCCGUCGAUCACCGACUAUACAUUCUCAGAACCGACGCCGACAUCCAGACGACCUCGCCCGUCUAGUAGCGGGAACAUCCUAGACGAGGGUCGGGAUGCUCCGCCUCGGCGCUCAACAGACCGUGCCUUGUCCAUGGAGAACUUGCUUCAUCAUGAUGGAGACAACGACGGCAAACAGAGCGUUCCUCCAACUCCUCCUCGUACGUCCUCAAAACCAUUUGUAACAUCUAAAGGUCGUCGAAGCUACUUCGCUCCAAACCGCGGUAGGCCUAAGACGCCGAACCCCUGUGGACAAAUCCCCGUCGCCAACAUCUCACCUAGGCCUUCACCACUAGACAGCAUGCUACUCUCCCUUACGAAGUCACGUGAUGGGGCCCUACCAAGACCACCUGAUGUAUCCACUACGUGGCACGUGACUUCACCAGAAUCUAGCGACGAUGCUGACGAUGACGAUGAUUACGAGCACCCACAAAUGGGAUACGAUGACGCUCGAUCUUACAUAUCGGAAAGAGUCGGAAGAAAUACACCGACGCCUCCAACCGUACCGAAACGAUUUAUCCCAAAAAAGUCCGCCAGCCUUCCGCGCAACGGUAUCAAGUCAAUCAAAGACAUUCCUGUUGAUAUUGCUACCCUGAGCUGCGACCAGAUCGCCAAGGCACUUGGGCUUCUGAACAUCCGUGAAGACAUCAUCGAGAACCUGAGAUCGGUGCAGAUGAACGGUGAGCUCCUCCAGUCUAUGUCUGAGGAGAUCCUUCGGACGGAGUUCCAGAUGUCACAGUUCCACGCCAUCAAAGUCAUCAAGUUCGUCAACGGCUGGCGACCCUAAAGGAUUCUACAUCAUUAGAAGGCAAUAGGAAAGUUCGUCAACGGCUGGCGACCCUAACAUAUUCUACGUCAUUAGAAAGCAAUCGGAAAGUUCGUCAACGGCUGGCGACCUUAACAGAUUCUACGACAUUAGAGAGAAAUAGGAACGUUCGUCAACGGCUGGCGACCUUAACAGAUUCCACGACAUUAGAAAGCAAUAGGAACGUACGUUAACGGCUGGCGACCCUAACAGAUUCUACGAUAUUAGAAAGAAAUAGGAAAGUUCGUCAACGGCUGGCAAUCCUUAACAUCUUUUACGUCAUUAGAAGGCAAUAGGAAACUUUUUUACUAACAUCUGGGCCCGUCUUAUAAAGAGUUACGAUCGAUCCAAAUCAAUCGUACGUCCUCCAAUCAAUCGCAAGCGUGCAGUCUAAUAUCUCUUAUAUACAUAGUUGCGAUUGAUAUCAACCGCAAAUAAGUUUCGAUUGAUAUCAACUCUUUGUAAGACAUGAACCUGUUUACCUACCCCACAUUAGAGGAGCCGGAUGUAGUCUCCAAGGAACAACUAUCGAUACAACUAAAUGGACUGAAGCAUUAUGCCUCUAAACCAUAUGCUCCAGCGAUAAUAACUACGUGUUCAAUAACACUACACAUUAUGCUCCAGCGAUAAUAACUCCGUGUUCGAUAACAACACUUCACACAACACUACACAUAACAAUAUGCAUAACACUAUGCUUAACACUACACUUAACACUACACAUAACCCAAAACACAAUUACCGCACUAAACGUAAACCGAAACCUAACCAUAAUCUUUUACGAAAUAAAUAAUUGAAUGAAUUGUCGAAACGUAUGUCGGAGAUACGCCUAGAAGAAAAUACUUUAAGAUUUCCACGAGCCUUCUCUCUUUCACCACCGUGUAAUGUUCCAGAAAAAUCAAUAGUCAAGAAGCAUCGAUGACUUUCACCAGUGCACUGUUAUUGGCAGUGACUGCCGUUACAAUUCUUUUAAAGGGAAAGUCCAC